AUGGCCAGUCGCCGCGAAAACCAAACGACAGAUACGUCAUGGACCAGUUCGUUGGCAGAUGCUAUGCAACAGAACCUGCAGCUGGAAGACAGGCUACAGCAGGAACAGCUCGAGACUCCACAAGCUCGGCUCAAGCGAUUUCUUUCAAUCAGAUCUGUGAUCUCGACAUCGUCAUCUUUCGCAGAGCGCCAACAAGCAGCGGUUGGCUGCAAGGCUCCUUUUCGGGAAAUUGGAACAGGCUCAAUAGGCAAGGUGUUUGAACAAGCCGGUACUCUGUGGGCGUUCAAGGUUCUCCUGAUUGAGCGAACCGACAAGUUGUGGAACAAUUACUUGAUGCACCUUCGGAUUCAAGAGAGCUUUGACCGAGUGGGCUAUGAGACUGGUGGCCUGGAGAUCCCUCGAGCAGCCUGGUUCGCGAACAAAGAGUCCGACUUCUGGUCCGACAACCUUUCUCUUUUCCCCGAUGAUCCCACCUUUCCUCGUCGGCCUCGAGAGAUUCUGUGUAUGGAACGAAUCUUCCCCCUGCCUCAGCCAAUCCGAGACGCACUGAUCGACCUAUUUUGCAACCCCAACCAUGUCACCGCAGCCAAAAGUUCUACUUCGAACAAAGACUGCCUAAUUCGCUUGGUCCUGGGUCGAAAACGUUAUGGGACGUCGCUUCCAGGAGGAAGUCGCUUCUUUUCUCUCCGAAAUUACAAGCUCCACGUGGAUCAAAUCCAAGAGCUACAGCUUGAUGCAGACGCAUAUGCCAUAAGUAUGGCAGACGCUCUCGCCAUUCUUCAUUGGCAUACAAGAAUCGACGCCAUGGAUGUUGAAUUUGUCUUGGGGAGCACACCAUUUGAUUUGAACUCUGUCCGUCGCUCCCCACCGCUGCAGGAGAUUGCACGGCUCAGACCUGGAACAAGUACGCUCGAGUGGGCAACAAACAGAACCCCGAACUUCAAAAAGCGUAUGGUGAGCCUCUGGAUGAUCGACUUCGAUGCUUGCGGUUCGAUCACUAUGAACACAGAAGGGAUAAGGCGGGCAGUCCAGGCCUUCGUCGAGAAUGAGCCUUAUUGUCCCCGUCCAUACACGAAGGACGAUUAUUCAGAGCACCUCUGGCGUAUUUUCUCCCAGCGCUAUAUUGAGACAGGAAGAAGGGUGACUGCCGGUACUCUUUUGCAGUCCCUGCCCCAGCAAUUUAUCCAAGGAGUCAUGGCCCAGCUAGCACCACCAGCCCAGGUACCACCCCCAAGACCUCUUAAUACGACAGCAGGACCAGACGUCGCCAAGGGUGGCAGAGGAGUGCUAGGGGCUCGGCCCGCGGCUCGACACCUGCAAGCUCUUCAGCUCGAAGACCUACAAUUGAAGAAGAAGAAGACGCGCGUCGUCGCCAUGAGAGACAUGACCGAAGAUAUCAGUGACUUUCAAUAA